CAGGAAGCAAGCGUGUGUGACCCGCAGUUGUCCUGACUCGCCUCUGCUCCCUUGAAUACUAUCUUUGACAAGACGAGGGGACCGUAUCUCUCAGUAUCUGGAGAGUGGUGAUCCUAAAGGACGUGACUGUCCAUUAUGUCUUUCUUUAACCUCCUGGCCCUGAUCGUGGCCCAAAUUUACUUAGUGGCUGCUCAGACCUCAACCACAUGCAACCCCCUCAACGCCACCUGCCCGUCGGAUCCCGCAUUGGGCACGACUUUCUCAUGGCAAUUCAACGAGACGCUCGACUCCAAGAUCUGGGAGACCACCAACGGCCAUAUCGCCAUCACCGACGCCGGCGCGAAUUUCACCAUCGCUAAGAAGCUGGACUCCCCCACCAUCAAGUCGACCUUCUACAUUUUCUUCGGUGUCGUUGAGUCAUGGGUCAAGAUGGCCAAGGGUGGCGGUGUGAUUAGCAGUAUCGUGUUGGAGUCCGAUGACCUGGACGAGAUCGACUGGGAGUGGGUGGGCUACAACACUAGCUCAGUCCAGUCCAACUACUUCGGCAAGGGUAACGAUACGUCCUUUGACCGUGGAGGCUUCCAUUAUGUUCCCAACGCCGACACCGAGUUCCACAACUACACUACCUACUGGGAUGCCGCGAAACUGGAAUGGUGGAUUGACGGCACAUUGGUGCGCACGCUGAAGUACGAGGAUGCAUUGGACGGCAAGAACUAUCCGCAGACCCCCUGCACACUCCGCUAUGGUAUCUGGCCCGGUGGUGACCCGAGCGAGCCUCUGGGAACAAUCGAGUGGGCGGGCGGAGAGAUCGACUAUGAUGCUGGUCCGUACAAUAUGGUCGUCCAGAAAGUGCGCGUACAGGACUUCCACACCGGCAAAGAGUACGAAUAUACCAAUCAUACGGGCUCGUGGGAGAGCAUCAAGGUCGUAACGGGUAAUUCGACGGCUGCCGUGGAAUUGAAUAAGGAACCGGAGAAGACUCUGGCCCAGAAAUGGGCUGAAUUGCCCACCGGUGCCAAGAUCGGUGUGUACGCUGGCUCUGCGGCUGUCGGAGCCAUGCUGCUCGCCGCAUUCAUUUUGUUCUUCGUGCGCCAGCGCAAGAAGGGUCGUCUCGAACACGCAUUGGACGACGCCAAGUGGAACACGGAGCGGACAGAGAUGGACUCUUUCCAACAAAAUUGGAAACAGACUGAAUGGAGAAGUAAAUCUGGCUACAAACCGGUAUCAUAGCCGGGGCCGCGAUUCACCUGAAACAGAUAACCACUCUGUUCGACGAUGAAAAUGAAGGUUUACUUACACGCUCUGGUGGGAAAAGACGCCAUCUCCCUCGGUUCCAUAUGCAAGGUUUCUUGCGCCUUGCCUCCCCAAUCGGCACGUUGUCCUCGGGACAAAACGGACCAGCCUCGCUCCUGCUUUGCUGGCCAAGGUGGUGCGCGAGCUGUUCUUGUUAUCUGAGCUCCUGGUGAUCGUGCAUCCAUUCCUGCCACGAAGUUCUUCUCUCGACCUUGGUCGAUUUCUUGUUUCUUUUCAUCCUGUACACUUUUG